CAAAUCGUCGUCAGCUGAGGAGGACGGAGAGAUCUACUAGGAGGGAGGAGUAGCGGAACCUAGGCUUUGUGUAGUCACCUCCCUCUUUCUUCGGCAUUAAAGGCGUUUUAAUUAAUUAUUUAAAGAUGGAAGGGAGUGUGACUCUGAUCAUAAAAGCAGCCAAUCAGAGUGUCCCAGACCAACGCAUGGACUGUGAUUUGAAUUGGUCUGUGUUUUACCUCAAGGAUCAUCUAUCAAUCAUACAUCCUUCCAAACCAAAAGUGGAAGAACAACGGCUCAUCUAUUCAGGUCAAUUGCUGCUCGACAAUCUACUACUACGAAACGUCUUACGGCACCCUACUGAAAAUAACGCCUACACUAUUCACCUUGUAUGUUCACCCAAACGUAACUCUCCAUACACAUCAACAAGCUUACAAACUUCACCCUCAGUCAGUCAAAGGAGACAGUCUUCACCUGGGUCUUCACAAGUUAGUGGUCAGUCAUCACCACGUCAGGUUCCAUCAGACAUGAAUACAGAUCAAGUUGAAGAUAGAACGGUUCCUCAGCAGGAUGGUUCCCCACCUUCUCCUCCACCUGACAAUCCAGUAAAUAAUGAUUCAACAGAUGGACUUCGUCGCCGAAAUGUUGCAAGUAAUGGUGGGGAAGUUUCUGUGUCAACACCUCAAAGUAUAGAUGCCACUUCAUCAUAUCCAUCCCAACCCCAAAUACCAGUUACUGUUCUUCAAACCAGUGCAGAUCCCAUGCAGCAGAUGGCUGCAAUACAGCAGAUGUAUGCCCAUUACAUGGCAUACAUACAAUAUAUGCAGAUGGGUGGUGGUGUUGGAGGCAUUGCCUGGCCACAGCAAAUGGUUCAGCUGCCUGCUGCACCAAAUCCUGCCACAUCCACUACAACUGCAACCCCAACUCCUACCUCACCCACACCUACGGUAGACCAAGCUGAACAGCAGCAACAGCAAGAUCAAAAUGCGCCUGCAGAUCCACAGCAACAGCAACAACCACAACAGAUUAGAAUGAAUGCACAAGGUGGCGAGGUAGAUGAUGAUGAUGAUGAUGAAGGAAUGGGUCGUGAUUGGUUAGAUUGGAUCUAUGUAUUAUCACGGAUGCUGGUCCUCCUGUCUAUUGUGUACUUCUAUUCCACACUCUCCAGGUUCAUGAUAGUCAUCUGCAUUGCCAUGCUCUUAUAUCUGUAUCAAGCUGGCUGGUUUAGACCUGCACGAAGAAUAGAACAGCCACAAGCAGCCAAUGAGAAUGACAUCAACAAUAUCCAAGAUGACAGAAAUAACAACAUUAACAACAACAAUAACAACAAUGAAAUUCCAGAAGGGCAUAGAAAUCAGGAAGAAGAACCAAUCAUUGAAGUGAAUCAAGAAAAUGGUGCCAACAAUGAAGCUGUAAACAAUGAGGGUACAGAUAGGGUAGUUGAGGAAAUACCUGUGCGACCCUCCAUUUUCUCUCUUUCAUGGACAUUCCUAACGACUUUCUUCACAUCUUUGAUUCCAGAACAACCUCAAGCAAUUUAAAUAUAGUCACUCAAGCAGUGUUGAUACUUUUUCAUCAUUAGUCCAAAAUAAGCACCCUAACUGUUGUGAAUGUGUUCUCUAGUUAAUGAAGAGGAAACAUUGUAAGGUAUUGGAUUUUGAAUAUCCAGAGGCAAAGAUAUGCCUGUUGCAUUUGUUUCCAUGUGAAGAUUUAAAGGUUAAAAUUGCUUUUUGAGUGCCCAUUACACAUCAGUUGGUCAUUUAAUGCAUCAGUGUAAGGAGCCUGAAAAAAGUGUAUUUUCUUUUAUUUGGUGCAUUAUUUCUGUAACUCCGUUUUUUAACCCUUUCAUUGUAUGAUAAUCCUAAUCAUUCCGAUGUACUGUAUAUUGUAUUUUUUUAUCAUGGGGAAAUUAUGUGAAAACAAAAUAAAAAUAUUCAUUUAUCAUAUUUACACAUUUGAAGGUUCUGCUCAGCAAUUAAAUAUACAGAACUGAAUCUUAUAGUCUGUGGCACUUCAGGCAUCUGGGUGACAAUGGCAUCCUUUUGCAGUAUAACUGUUUUUAUUAUUCAUGACUAAAAUUUUCAGUUGUUUUCAUGCAAACUAUAGCACUUGUUACAUUAACUUUAAUAUAUAUAUAUAUA